GCUUCUGUGUUGCGGCUCCUUUCACAACUUCCCUCCAGGUCUCGAGGAGGCAAAGUUAACAUAAAAAGGUCGUGUAACUGAGUUAUUUUAAUGAAUAAAUAUUAAAUUAGUCAACGGACAACAUUCGGACUCUAUGAUUCGACGGAAAACGGAGAAUAUCUUUAUUUAUCUGAAAACACAUCCUGAAACAUGGAGGAUCCAAACAGACCACAGAGGAAAAUGUCAACAGCAGGAGAGAGUUUGUACAAGUUGCUGGGAGUGGAGAAGGGAGCGUCUCCUGACGAAUUGAAAAGAGCCUACAGGAAAAUGGCAUUAAGGUAUCACCCUGAUAAGAACCCAGACAACCCCGAAGCAGCUGAGAAGUUCAAGGAGAUCAAUAAUGCCCACUCCAUCCUCACUGAUCCGGACAAGCGUGGUAUCUACGACCAAUAUGGAUCCAUGGGCCUCUCGGUGGCCGAGCAGUUUGGGGAGGAGGGAGUCAAAUAUUACUUUCUCAUGUCCAAGUGCUGGUUCAAGACCCUGUUUGUGUGCUGCACUAUUUUCACCUGCUGCUGCUGUUGCCUCUGCUGCUGUUGCUGCUGCGGAAAGUGCAAACCACAAGAUGAAGAGGACAAUUUCGUCUACAUGGACCCUGAGGACCUGGAGGCUCAGAUUAGAGAACAAGAUGCAGCAGACCAUCCCGUAAUAGUUAUUCAGCCGAACUCUAGCGAUGCUGCUAGCCAUUCAGCAGACCAUCCCGUAAUAGUUAUUCAGCCGAACUCUAGCAAUGCCGCUAUGCAUUCAGGGGAGAACACACCGAUUGUGAUUCAGACUCACGCAGCCAAGGGGGGCUCAGGACCUGGAGAAUGAACGACUGUAUCAAACACUGAAGUGCAGAAAAUGUUUUCAUCUCAGAGAUUUGUUUGUUUACAUGAGUCAAACUGCAAUUUAUUUGAUUGUGCCAUAGUUAUUUUUUAAAAAUGUGCUUUUUCUUUGAUCCAGUCUUGUAUUUAUUCUUUUAAAAUGUUAAAUUUCUGAAUUUGGGGCGGAGACUAAUAACAAAGCCAUGCAGAUCAAAGCCUCUGAGCUCGGGGAUAAUUAUUUUUUUCCUGCGCACUUUAAACUCACACAUUCAUAUUGAAUGUUUGGAAUAUUCUGAAGCUGCCAUGAUCAGAGCACGUUUUGGCCCAAGAUUCAGAAAUUUUCAGAUUUUUAUUUUUAAUAUGCCGAUUCAGGGGUUUCUGUGGAAGCUUGCUUCCAGCACUGGAAAGGGGG